GUCAACAUUGAUAUCACAUGAUGAGUUUUUCCCGGCCAUUUUGCCUUCGUCUUUCACAACGAAAUAUACACGGAUUCAUAGGAAGGAGGAUAUGUCUGCCACAGGUUCAAGAUGUACAUGAAGACCAUAUUGAUCAGUGUACUGGCGCUGCUGGUGCUUCAACACGCUGUCAAGUUCUAUUUCAAGAUGGGUUACAGCAAACAUAUCUUCAACCAUUACCCCGGACCCUGCCACCAGGUGCAAGGGAUGGGUAUCGGCUCAGAGGACAUGCACUUGAUGGACAAUGGUAUCGUGUUCAUUUCUUCCGGGUUUCGUAUGAAAGCACAUUCCGCAGCAUUUGACAAGUUCUACUCCGAGAACAUGGUCAAGGGCAGGAUCUAUCUGUUCGACAUGAACAACCCCAAGAAGGAGGUCCAGGAGCUGAGUCUGACCUCCACCAAGGAGUUCGACAAGGACAGGUUUCAGCCCCUUGGUAUUAGUGUGUGGGAGGACAAGAAAACAGGUAAAUUGUACCUGUAUGCUGUUAAUCACGAGAGAGAUGGUGAGGAGAAAAUAGAGAGAAAUUCCUGGCUGAACGACGUCAUUGCCACUGGUGACGACAGCUUCUACUUCAGCAACUACUUCUUGUCAUCCAGCUAUAUUGGGCGUAUGCUGGAGAGGAUGUCGUUCAUGGCCUGGACCAACGUGGGCUACUAUGACGGCAAAGGAUACCGCACAGUAUCCGAUGGAAUCAUCAUGGCCAACGGUAUACAGAUGUCCAGAGAUGGAAAGUACGUCUUCGUCGCAAGCAGCAUGGGUCACGAGAUGAAGAUAUACGAGAGAUGGAACAAUAACUCCUUGACCUUGAAGCAGUCAUAUGUCUUCCACACGUUUCCCGACAAUAUCGUGGAGGACCCAAUAUCCGGGGAUUUGUAUGUAGCCUUUCAUCCAAUCGGACACCUUUUGGCACAACACGUGACCGACCCAUCUUCAGAAGCGCCAUCUCAGAUCCUGCAGGUGAAACUGAAGGAAGGGACGGUGUCCUCGGUGACGGAACUGUUUGUUGAUGACGGACACCUGGUGUCGGGCUCAUCAGUUGCAGUUGUGUACAAGAAGAAGAUACUGAUUGGCUCCGUGAUUAACAAACUCGUGUAUUGUGAUGUAACUGUGCUCUUGUAAAAUGUAGAAAUAUUUAAAAUUCUUAGAGCUUUUAACUAGCAUAUUUUCAUAAUAAAAGCGA